AUACCAGACAUGCUCCAAAGUAUCCUGUCCAUAACUCUUCAAAGAUGAGGGUCAUUGAGGCUGCAAAUGUGGCUGUGAACUCACCCUUCACUCUGUUCAGUGUUUGGUUUGUUGUCCCAACUGUCCCCAAAGGACAAUGUCCUGUUCUUGAAAUAAUGAAUAAUAAAUUUCAAUUGUGUUGUCGUUAGAGGGAACCCAGUGUAAAGGUUUCCUGUGCUCCAAUGACACCUGCCUGCCAGCCAAAGCUCACUGCAACGGGAACCACGACUGUUCUGACGGUGCUGAUGAGCUCAACUGUGAUCCCCUUUGUACUCGGUACAUGGAGUUUGUUUGCAAGAACCGUGCCCAGUGCCUCUUUCAGUCUUUGGUGUGUGACGGUAUUAAACACUGUGAGGACGGCUCUGAUGAGGAGGCUGCGUAUGCUGGAUGUGCUACACCAUCUGAGUUUGGCAAAGUGUGUGAUGCCUACACAUUCCAGUGUGCCAACGGAGUGUGCGUGAGCCUAGAGUGGAAAUGUGAUGGCAUGGACGACUGUGGGGAUUAUUCUGAUGAAGCCAACUGUGUUCACACUCCUGAGGUGCCAGGCUGCUCCAGAUACUUCCAGUUUGAAUGCGGAAAUGGGCGCUGCAUCCCUACCUGGUGGAAAUGUGAUGGAGAGAAUGACUGUGGUGAUUGGUCAGAUGAGGCACAAUGUACAGGGGGCGUUACUCCCCAUGCUGUCACAUUUGGUCCCAUCACAUGUGCGCCCAACCGCUUUCAGUGUGGCUCUGGAGCCUGCAUCAUCAACACCUGGGUCUGUGAUGGCUACGCCGACUGUCCUGAUGGCAGUGAUGAACUAGGAUGUCCCACAGCUAAUAGCUCCAUGGCCCCGGCCCCUCCUGUAUUCCCUGGACGCUGCACUCAGCGUCAGUUCCAGUGUCAUCGUCCCCCCCACUGCAUCCAGGAGUGGUUGCGGUGUGAUGGACACCCACACUGUGAGGACAGCUCCGACGAAGCCAACUGCCGUAAGUCUCUGUGAACCACAUGCAGGCACUGAAAUACUGCUAUAGACAUUUUACUGUUUGUCACAGGGUUGCUAUGGAUUCUGAGACAUUCAGGAAUUUUCUUU